ACUAUUAUCGACAAUCUUCGGCCCAUUAGCCCAAAAAUAAGGUAGCAGUUUCUCAUACCGGUGGCACCACCGCACCACAGUGAGAGAGGGGAAGAGGAAAAGAGCUCCACCAACUGCUGCAGCGGCGCCGCCAUCAAUGGAUUUCUCAGCUCUGAAUGAAGCACUCGCGUUCAAGUCCUACGACAAGGUCGCAGACAUAUGCGAUACUCUCAUGCUCCAGGCUGCAUCUGAGGGCGUCUCUUUUCAGGAAGAUUGGCCCUACGCCAUUCAUCUAAUCGGUCACAUCUAUAUCAAUGACAUUAAUAGCGCAAGGUUUUUGUGGAAGAAGAUACCGUUACCAGUGAAAGAGAGCCAGCCAGAGGUAUCGGCUGCGUGGAAAAUUGGGCAGAGGCUGUGGAUCAAGGAUUACCCUAGUGUUCAUGAAGCCAUUCGUGAGUUUAUUUGGAGUCCACAGUGUCAGGGAAUUAUGGCAGCUUUCUCCGAGCUGUACACCAAAAGGAUGUUUGAACUGCUGCAAUCUGCUUAUUCAACAAUAAGUAUUCAAGAUACUGCGCUGUUCCUUGGAAUGAACGAGGAGGAUGCAACAAAUUACAUAGUGCAACACGGCUGGAUUGUGGAUCCUGCGUCCCGCAUGCUCACCGUGAAGAAGCAGGCCGUUGCGACUGAACAGAAACUGGACCAAAGCAAAUUACAACGGCUUACUGAAUAUGUUUUUCACCUUGAGCACUGAUACACCAAGUCAGAUGCAUCACUGCAUCAGAUGGCACUUGAUUUGCUGUGCAGGGCUUGAGCUGCUCAUAUGUGUCUUCCUUUAAUUGGCAUGGAUGUUUUAGAACCUCUUCCAUGGACCAAAGUCGAUCUUCUGUCAUUAGUUAUCGGAUAAAAAUAUUCACUUGUAUGUGAUAUCAGAAUAUAUAUAGUAGAUAUCAAAGCCGGAUUUCAGACUGGUCUCAA